GGGGAGGGGGGCGUGGGAGGAGACGGCGUGAGGAGAGCGGAGCGGCGCCAUGCUGCGUCGGCAGGCGCGGGAGCGCCGCGAGUACCUGCAGCGCCGGGCGCAGGAGGAGCGGCUGCGCGGGCGCCAGGAGCGCAAGGAGAGGCUGCGGCGAGCGCUGGACGAGAACCGUCUGCUGCCGCCCGAGCUGCUGCUGCGGCAAGCUCUCGCACUGCAGCGCGAGCUGGAGUUCGACGGCGCGGGGGGCGAGGCCGUUGGUUGCCAUGACGACGAGUAUCGCUGCGGGCUCGAGCCGCCGCGCGUCAUGGUGACCACGUCACGUGAUACCAGCGCGCGCCUGCGCCUCUUCGCCAAGGUGGCGUGCCUGCUGAUCCCCGGCGCUCGGCGCCAUAACCGCGGCCACGCCGAGCUCGGGGCCCCUGAGUGGGAGCGUGCCGGGCGGGCCGGCGUCACCGACCUCCUCGUGCUGCACGAGGACCGGGGUGACCCUACGGGGCUGUCGCUGUGCCAUCUGCCACACGGCCCCACUGCUCACUUCACGCUGAGUGGGGCUUGAGCUGCGGCGCGAGGCCGGGGCGCGGGGGGGGGGGCCCCGCUGGCUGCCCCCCACCUGCUGCUGCUGCGCCUCGACUCCCUCGGGCGCAGGGUGGGGACGAUCCUGAAGCACCUCUUCCCGGUGCCGCGCCCGGACAGCCGCCGCGUCGUCACCUUCGCCAACGAGGAACACAUUUACCGGCGCCGCGGCCGCCACGUGGAGCUCGAGGAGGUGGGGCCGCGCUUCCAACUGCGCCCGUAUCUGCUCCGUUUGGGAACGUUGGACGAGGGCUCUGCGGCCGACGUGGAGUGGCGUUGGCAUCCGUACACGGCCACCAGCGCCCAAACGCCGCCCUCCUCAGCGCCCACUGAGCCCCCGGAGCCUCCGGAUCAGCCUCCGGAGCGCCGCGGGACCUCCGGAGCCCCAUGGAGUCCCCGGAGCCCCACGGAACCUCUGGAGACCCACAGAUCCUCUGGAUCCCUAUGGAUACCUGGAGUCCUACGGAACCUCUGGAGCCCCCCCGAAUCCCUACAGAUCCUCUGGAUCCCUAUGGAUACUCUGGAGCCCUACAGAACUUUUGGAGCCCCCCGGAAUCCCUAC